AUGGCUAAGUUGGUAGCCUUUUCCAUUUACGUUUCAGCUGUUCAUUUCUGUUCGCUUAAUGAAGGGAUGGAUAUUAUCCAGAAAUUUACCGGGCUCUCGGAUGAAGAAAUUGACUCACUUACACCACGCGUGAAAGAGGAGAUUGCUAUUGUCCUUGACAGUCUCUCCCAGGACACUUUGUCACUGAAGCAUGAAAUCGAUACUUUGAAAUCCGACUCCGAGCGCUCUCAGCGACUGAAUUUAGACAGGAUCAAUGAACUGGAAAAUGAAGUUACCACCUUAAAAGAUAAAAUAUCUGGUUACGACGAGGCUGCCGCCGCAUCUAGCGCUAAUUUUCGACUCGCUCGCACCGAAUGCGAUAACCUGAUGCAAAAGUUUAGCGAGCUACAGACGCUAAACAACGAGCUAUCGUUUGCCAUUCGAAAUCUUGAGAAUGAAAAGGAGUUAUUAACCGAUCAGCUGAAGCAAAAGAUUUCUCUGACUGAUGAGUUGUCGGAGGAGAUAGUGCAGCUUAAGUCUGAUGCUGAUUCAGUCCGCAAGAUGAAAAUGGAUGCCAUGUUGAAGAUGGAAGAAAUCGAAAGUCGCGAAGUAUCGCUACAGGCCCAAGAGUCUCGAUGGUCAGAGGAGUCUGCCUCCAUGCAGCGGCACCUUAGUUGGCUCGAAGACCGCUUGCGUCAGACCACCGACCAGUUGCUUACUGUUAGACGGGAUACGACUCAAAAGUGUUACACACUUGAAAAUGAACUGGAAUUACGUAAAUCGGAGCUCGAACACUCCAAAACUACAAUAGAGAGCCUUGAACAAAGCGUUAAGAAGCUAACUGAAGCUAAUGAAGAUUAUAUACAGAAAAUCAAACAGGUUUCAGAUGAACAAAUAAAGUUGGAGCAAUUGUACGGAAAUGAGCUAGAGGCUCAGAAGCAACUAGUCGGACUUUACAAGGUUCAACUAAGCGAAGCUGAAGAGAAGAACAGCGAACUGGCAAAUGCAGCUAGCUCGAUGCAGGCUAUGCUGAAGUCUGCUUUCGAAAACGUCAGUCGCUUAGAAUCUGAACGGAGCGCUUUGAAAAUUCGGUUUGCGGAAGAACGGAACAGGCUUCAAGAAUCCGUUCAAAAGUUGUCCACUGAGUUGGAGGGAAGCCGUCAGCUCUUGGAUAAAUUCCGGGUCGAUGGUCUUUCCGAACAGGAGUUACGUCAAAUGAACCCCGCAGUUGCUGCCACUUUGAGCGCUUUGAAGCGUGGCCAUAGUCUUACGCAAUUGUACUCCGAUUACAUCCAGAUAGUGGAGGACCGUGACCAGCUGCGGUUGGACAAACAAAGGCUGACGGAAUAUGUCAAACAGUUAGUCGAUGAUUUGAAAGAAAAGGCUCCCAUUCUCCGUGAUCAACAAGAAAACUACAGUCGGCUUAAAGCGCAAGUGAGCGAAUUGUCUGCCAACUUGCAGUCAGCCAACGAGAAACUCGAACAAGCUCAAUCUCAGCGACAAGAUAUGCAGCGCAGAGCUGGCUUUUAUCAGCGUGAAGCACUGCGGCUGAAGCAAACGUGUGCUGAUCUGUCUAAACAAGUCCAACUUUUAUUGCGGGAAGUUGAAGUAGACAGAGGUACUGUGGUCGAAGAGCCCACGACCAGUGAUUCCCCCACAUCAACGGUCUCACUGGAUCCAUUUUCAAAAUCCACUUACUCAUCUCAUCUGCCCGAUAGCAGCACGAUGACCUCCACGGACAUUGCUCAACUGUUAGACGACAUAGCUUCAUCUGCUGCGUCUGUGAUCGACGAACAUCUGGUCACCUGGAAGAAUCUUCGUGAAUUGCAGUCUCAGAAUCAACGGCUUUUAUGUGUUGCACGUGACUUGGCAGCCCAACUUGAAAAGCGUGAGCAAGAUGAAGCCGAGCGCUCCAAAGUCGUUUCGGAUUUGUCAACACGACUUGAAACAUUAACCGGUGAGCUGGACGUUGUCCGUUUGGCUUCCCGCGAGGCUCGCUCGGAAGUGAAGAUUGUUACGCGCCAACGCGAUAUGUACCGUUCUAUGUUGAAACGGUACGACAUUCAUGUGUCACCUGAUCGGGAUUCUGAUGUCCCAGCUGAAACGUUGCGGGGGAAUGGUGUCACUCCCGAAAAAGAAAGAGACAAGUUCGUUACAAACGCUCUAACAUCGGCUACUGUAGAGCGCCUGGAGGAGACCUUGCAUUCCCUUGAGGCUGAGUUCAAGCAAUAUCGUGAGGAUAAGGCUGAAUCUGAUAAAGUCUACACCACCACCGUUGACCAGCUGCGCAAAGAAGGCACCGAGGCUCGUUUGUUGAAUCAGAAACUUGCUGCACAGUUAGAUUUCACACAUGAAAAGUUGAGAACCAUGGAGGCUAAUGUAUCUGGCUACAAGCAAGAGAUCACGGUGCUACGUGAAAUGAAUGCGCGAUACGCUACCUCCGCUGCUUCAAGCGAGGCCGAAUUGACCAGACUCCGUGAAGAAUUGCUUCGUACGUCGGACAAGUUGAUGCAAGUCGAGGUGGAUUCACGUCAUUCAACUCGAUUAUUGGAGCUAUCACGGGCGAACGAGUCGCGGUGGCGUCAAGAAGUCGAAUCCCUACGACGUCAAGAACAGAUGCACACCCAACUCAUGCAUCAGCUUGACGCUAUUCAGGGCAAUUUGGAGCAACGCGAAUCAUUGGAUCGCACAUCGAUGGAGAAGCGCAUUGCUCAGCUGGAAACGCAGCUUGCUGCCUCUCAAUCGGCAUUUACCGAGGCAUCUCAGGCCUCGAAACAGAUGAAGGAAACUAUGGAUCAUGAGUUAGAAGUUGCCAGACAGAAUUUAGCUUCUGAAGAAGAAGAGAUUGCCCGAUUACGAACAGAACUUGCGGUGUCUCGCCAAGAAUUGGAAGUUUUACGUCCCAAAAGAGAUGUUACCAUUUCGAGCCAGGAUGGAAAGGAUGACAUAGAUAUUUCCGACCACGUGAGGGAAUCUACCUCCAGGCUCAUUGAACUCCAACACGAAGUCGAAAGUCUCAAAGUACGGUUGGACAUUUCCCGCCAACAGUCCGAUACUAUGCGACAACUCGCCGAGACCGCUGAGCGACGCAUGAAUGACGCAGAGGACGAACACAAGCAGAUGGAAGAUAGGUUGACGGAUGAGUUAACCGAGACAAAGCAGCGUUGUGAAUUCUUGGACGCUCAACUGGAUCUGGAGAAGACCGAACGUCAGAAUUUGGUGAAUGAGAAUAUUCGCCUCACAGAAGAAGCCGUUCAGUUGAAAGCGGAACUUCGGCGGGAGGUCAGCAGUCUACAAGCGCAGCUAGAGGAUGCCAAUUCGCGUUGUGCGUCCGCUUUGGAGUUGGAAGCGGGAGCGAAGUCGGCCAUUGAGAUGCAUGGGCGUGCCGCACAAGAGGCGCGCACUAAGUAUGAAAGGGAACUAACGUUGCACGCGGAAGAUGUGGAGGCCUUAUCUGAAGCCCGCCAACAGGCCGAAUCCAUCAAAGCACAACUGGGAGACCUCCAGCGUCAGCUCACUUUGGCCGAAACGCGCUCCGAUACCGUGGCAAAAGAGCUCGACUCUAUGAGCACUUCAUGGGAAACCGAACGCUCGGAGCUGCAGGAGAAGCUAAAACAAGCCGACAAGGAGCGGGACUUGAUGGAGGAGCAAAUUGUCAAGCUCACUCAACAAAUAGUUGCUCUGCGAAAGUUUACUGAUCAUAGUGGUACCAUUGUUAAUCCAUCCGAUGCCACCGAAGGAACAUCCGAAGAUGCGGUAGCAGUCAAACCAGAUGACCUGAAAACAUCUGAGGACCUUCUUCAGUUAGUCAACUACCUGCGUCGACAAAAAAGCAUUGCAGAAGCCACCUGUGAUGCUUCAUCUGCGGAGGUUUCACGUCUACUUCUACGAGUUUCUAGUCUUGAAAGUCAUAGGGAUCAUCUUCAGCAGGAGCUUGAGAAAGAGCGCAAAGCUAACGAGCUGGCGAUGGAGACUACACAGCGUCAUUCAGAACUGAUGCAGCGAGUAGAGCAGUUGAAUUUGGUCACCGAAUCGAAUCGCCUAUUACGCCAUGAGCGUGAGACACUUCAUUCGAGCUUAUGUGCAGUGGAGAAACAGCUGCACGAUAUUGAAGCUCAGGUGGGUCCUUUGCGUGCGGAGAACAACGAACUCGCAGCUCAAUUGGAUUCUCUCACCUCUGAACGAGUGUCGCUUGAGGAAGAGCGUGACCGUUGGAAAGAACGAUGCAAUCGUCUGGUGGAGACAGCUCAGCGCAUGGAUCCGGAACAAUAUCGCAUGGCAUGCAAUGAACGAGAUGAACUUCAGCGGAAGUUGCGCCGGGCCGAAGACGAAUUGCAGCAAUCAGCUGUCAAGUUAGCAGAACUGCGCUCAGACAUGGACGAACGAACACGCAGAUAUCACUCCGAGUUGGAGGAGGCACGGGCUUCUCAACUUGCUGCUGAACAAGCGUGCGAGGAACGCAGGGCGUCCUGUGACCAACUACGACAAGAGUUAGAAGCUAAGGAAACAACUGUUGUCAAACUACGCGAGAUUGCUCGUAGAUAUCGCCAAGAGACAGAAACUCUUCGUCGUCAGCUGUCUGCAAAUCGCUCAGAUGGUGCUCAGUUGCACGCGAUGAGUGAGGCUCUCACGGAGGUCAGGGCUGAUCUAGUCACUACGCGGUCGGACCUGGCCGCUGUACGAUCUCAGUAUUCUCAGUUAUUCUCUUGUGCCGACGAAGCGUUGCAAAUGGUGGAGAGCCUAAAGUCCAAUCCAGUCUUCGGUUCGCUACUGACGUCCAUCCACACCACAAUACCUGAAGCAUCUGAUCAGACAAGCGCGACCAGUGGCCAACAUUUCUUGGAUGCUCUCAGGCUUGUUUUUUCUGUUCUGACAUCCGAAUUCGAACGGUUGCAUCAGCAAGCGGAGGAGCAGAGGGAGCGCAUUUUACGCAUGCAGUUGGUUGAAUCGCAACUCACCAAAUGUCAACGGGAUUGUGCUCAGUUGCGCGUUCGUUUAUCGGAACUCCACGCCACCCCUACUAGUUUAUUCCAGCCGGUAGCGAUUGUCUCUUCUUGCACAUCCUCUGUUAUGCGGACGGAUUCAGAGUCUAGCGAAGUCGUAAAACCCACACAAUCGUUCCAGAUGCGUCCGAUGCUAUUUGCCUCCACAACCGGCGCUUCCGACUUCUCCGCAUCUGGUCCGAACGACUCCCUGUUUUCCACACCUAAUCUUGGCACGGACAGUUGCGCUGUAUCUAGUUCCAAUUCCCUUGCUACACAAUCCAUCCCGGCUUGGAUACUACGAGCAGCUGCCACUGUUCAACCGGUGCAACCAACUCCUGCCGUUACCCCACCGAAUUCAUCCGUUGGACCAAAACAGACUGCCGAAAUCCGACCGAUCACCAGUAAUAUAGCCACUGUGGUGCCUACGCCGGCUCUGCAGAUAGUUCAGACAACUUCUGUCCCAUCUCCGGUGGAUUCAAUGACGACCCCCUCGAUCCCAGUGUCUCAUACCAGCUCGGAGCCGGCUUCUUCGACUUCUGGUCCUUCAGUCACUGGGUUUCAACUUGGGGAACAAUCUACCUCACGACCUGAACCAGCAUCAGCGUCCGUGCUUCGCUCCGUUCAUCCGCGUCGUGUGAAUUUGAUAGCUCAAGCACAGCCUUUCGGGGACCGACAGUCUUCCGUGGAUACAGUCUCUGCUACGGGAUUUUCUUGGUCUCCUUUGUCCUCCGCGCCUACUAACACAGUAGUUAGUGUUCCUGGCAAAAGACGACUAGAUGAUUUAUCGUCGUUCACUGAGAACCAACCACUCUUAUCAACAGACGAACACCUCUCUUCGAGCUCAGUCGCAUCACCGGAGUCUUCUCGCGUUGUAGAGACUUCGGCCGGAUCGACAUCUUCCGGGUUAUCAUUCCUUUUUCCUGAUCCGAAGCGCCUUCGAACUUCUGUAUCUUUUCAGCCAGCAGUGCAGGCCGAGCCGAGUUCAGUUGUGCUGGAACGUUCAGCCUUUGGAUAUCCGACAUCAACUGGUCCUUUGGUUCACGCAACUGCUUCCCGUUUAGUUGCCGGCCAACAAGAAACUAGUGAUUCGGGAACUAUGGAAGCGGAUAUACUUGCCAGCUCGGCUAUGUCGGCUGCCACUGAAAGUGGCCAACUUCCACAUACCCCUCCAGCCAACGACUUCUCUUUUACUCAGGCAGUUCCACUCAGAUCGGAUCGCGUCACGAGCCUUCUUCCUGCCGAUGCUCCAGCUACUCCAGGUUCUCCCGUUCAAUCGGUUUACCAGUUAGAGACGGAACAUCCUCAGGAAAUAGGAUCUGGAUCUAGGACAGAUGUCAUGCUCUCCGACGGCUCACAAACUGGACAUUUUGAUACUCCAAAUGAAGAGUUGAUCACGGAACCAUUGCAAAGUGAUUAUAAUGUGUUACAAUCUGUAUCUGACCCGCAGUUUACAAACGAAUUUGAACUGACAGACGUAGAAGAUGUCAUAGAUGUUCCUGCAGACUCACGGCCUUUAUUCGAUCAAAAUUUUGACACCAUGGUAAUAGAAGGCACAGGUGGUGUGGAAUCCGAGGAGAUCGAAACCGGGGAAGUAGAGGGUGAACAAGAAUUCGAGCUCGAUGAAGAAGAUGAACACGAUGAAGAAGAGGAGGAAGAAGAGGAGUAUGAGCAGCACGAAGAAUCUGAGGAAGAAUAUUCGGAUGCAAACGACGAGGUAACGAGGGACGAUACUUGCGGAGAUGUUAUCGAACUAAGCAGCGAAUCAGGUUCUGAAGCAGAGGAGGACGAAGAAGGAGAGGGAGAAGAGGCCGUGGAAGAACGAGAAGAGGGUGAAGCACAGGAGGAUUUCGACGACGAUGACGAAGCUGACCAACAAGCUGACAUUGAAGAGGAUCGAGAAGUAUAUGAAGAAGGGUCUAACCUCGCUCCUGCGCAUGAGUGUGCGACCGAGUCUCGUAGCAAUUCAGGCGAUGACCCCGGCACUGAGAAUGCUUCUGUAUUUUCACUCACUGCCCCUCUAAAAGCUCAACCUGAGCCAAGCUCCACAGGGGCUGGAGUGACAAAUGCAUCCUCACAACUCUCUGAUCAAUCGCAUGUUUCCAGCACCAGCACAGGGACGCAUAUUUUUGGACAGAGUUCGGUUUUCGGCGAUACUUCUUCCCGACUUGGCCUGUUCGGUCAUUUGAAUUCCUCCACCCAUAUGUCCGGUGGUCUCUUUUCCGGUUUCCAAUCCGCCCCAUCCACCGUUAUUGCUACAAGUGAAACCGUGACCCCAACUCCUUCCCUUUUCAGACCUUCCCUAUUUGGAGCCGCAUCUUCUACCCCAACUGGUGAGAAAGUUGUUUCGACCGACAGCAAACCGAAGAUCCAACCAAUUGUAUGGGAUGCGUCUAAGUCUCCAACUUCUACGACCCAAACUAGUGAUUCGGAGUCCACUGUUCCACGAGUCGGUGCAGCUCGUCGUAAAAAGUGGGGUGGACCUCUCCAUAUACGGAACGUACCUUACGGUGGGCCCACUGCCAUGGGUCCUGGCGCUUCAAAGUCGGAUCAUUUUAAACCCGGUCGUGGCGGACCAUCUUCAGCCAUGCGGCCUGGUCCGCGCAGAAGCUAGAUCGCCAAUUGUAAAUGCAUUCGCUUCACUACAUCUUCAAUCUGUUAGUUGCCGCGAUUUUUAUGCUUGUGUACACAUAUAAUUUUCCCUAAGUGCA